CCGGAACCGGCGGCGGAGCUGCGGCCGGCCGGCAGUGGAACGGCGACGGCGCCCCUGAGCCGCAGGCAUGAGCGCCCUCGGCCGCCCCGCCUCCCCGGCCCGGCUUUUCUGACGAGAGGUGUGAAAGGAUUGCUGUUUUAUUGCAAUCAUGGUGCAAAAAUACCAGUCACCAGUGAGGGUGUAUAAACACCCCUUUGAACUAAUUAUGGCUGCCUAUGAAAGGAGGUUCCCUACGUGUCCUUUGAUUCCAAUGUUUGUGGACAGUGACACUGUGAAUGAAUUCAGGAGUGAAGAUGGGGCCAUUCAUGUUAUAGAAAGGCGCUGCAAGCUGGAUAUAGAUGCUCCUCGGCUGCUAAAAAAGAUUGCAGGAGUUGAUUACGUUUAUUUUAUCCAGAAAAACUCACUGAACUCUCGGGAACGUACUUUGCACAUUGAGGCCCAUAACGAAACGUUUUCUAAUCGGGUCAUCAUUAACGAGCACUGCUGCUACAGCGUUCACCCUGAAAAUGAAGACUGGACCUGUUUUGAACAGUCAGCAAGUUUAGAUAUUAAAUCUUUCUUUGGUUUUGAAAGUACAGUAGAAAAAAUUGCAAUGAAACAAUAUACCAGCAACAUUAAAAAAGGGAAGGAAAUCAUCGAAUACUACCUUCGUCAAUUAGAGGAAGAAGGCAUCACAUUUGUGCCCCGCUGGACUCCACCUGCCACUGCCCCCUCUUUGGAGACGUCCUUGUCCUGCAAGAAACCAGCAGCAUCACUGACUGUCGUCAUGCCUGACCCCACGCUCAAGGAAGGGCUGAGCAGUGAGCCCCUCAGCACCCCAAGCGGGGCACCCGAGCCCACAGCAGGGACCCCGGACGACAAACUAGAUGCAGACUACAUCAAGAGAUACCUGGGUGACCUGACCCCACUGCAGGAGAGCUGCCUGAUCCGGCUUCGCCAGUGGCUCCAGGAGACCCACAAGGGCAAAAUCCCGAAAGAUGAGCAUAUUCUCCGGUUCUUACGCGCCCGGGACUUCAACAUCGACAAGGCCAGAGAGACCAUGUGUCAGUCUCUGACUUGGCGCAAGCAGCACCAGGUGGACUACAUCCUCGACACCUGGCACCCCCCCCAGGUCCUGCAGGACUACUAUGCGGGCGGCUGGCACCAUCACGACAAAGACGGCCGGCCCCUCUACGUGCUCCGGCUGGGGCAGAUGGACACCAAAGGCCUGGUGAGGGCCCUCGGCGAGGAGGCCCUGCUGAGAUACGUUCUUUCCAUCAACGAAGAAGGCCUGCGGCGGUGUGAAGAGAACACGAAGGUCUUCGGCCGGCCUAUCAGCUCCUGGACCUGCCUGGUGGACCUGGAGGGGCUGAACAUGCGGCACCUGUGGAGGCCGGGCGUGAAGGCCCUGCUGCGCAUCAUCGAGGUGGUGGAGGCCAACUACCCCGAGACGCUGGGCCGCCUGCUGAUCCUGCGCGCCCCUCGCGUAUUUCCCGUGCUCUGGACGCUGGUUAGUCCAUUCAUUGAUGACAACACCAGAAGGAAGUUCCUGAUUUAUGCAGGAAAUGACUACCAGGGGCCUGGAGGCCUGCUGGAUUACAUUGACAAAGAGAUCAUUCCAGAUUUCCUGAGUGGAGAGUGCAUGUGUGAGGUGCCGGAGGGGGGCCUGGUGCCCAAGUCCCUGUACAGGACCGCGGAGGAGCUGGAGAACGAAGACCUCAAGCUCUGGACCGAAACCAUCUACCAGUCCGCCAGCGUCUUCAAAGGGGCCCCGCACGAGAUUCUCAUUCAGAUCGUGGACGCCUCAUCAGUGAUCACGUGGGAUUUUGAUGUGUGCAAAGGGGACAUUGUCUUUAACAUCUAUCACUCCAAGCGGUCACCACAGCCACCCAAGAAGGACUCCCUGGGGGCGCACAGCAUCACUUCCCCAGGAGGGAAUAACGUACAGCUGAUAGACAGAGUCUGGCAGCUGGGCCGGGACUACAGCAUGGUGGAGUCGCCCCUGAUCUGCAAAGAAGGGGAGAGCGUGCAGGGCUCCCACGUGACUCGGUGGCCAGGCUUCUACAUCCUGCAGUGGAAGUUCCACAGCACGCCGGCCUGCGCUGCCACCAGCCUGCCCCGCGUGGACGACGUGCUGGCCUCCCUGCAGGUCUCCUCCCACAAGUGCAAAGUCAUGUACUACACCGAGGUGAUCGGCUCCGAGGACUUCAGAGGCUCCAUGACCAGCCUGGAGUCCAGCCACAGCGGGUUCUCGCAGCUCAGUGCCGCCACCACCUCGUCCAGCCAGUCCCACUCCAGCUCCAUGAUCUCCAGAUGGCGAUUUUGCUGACAGCUGCCAAGAAAACGCUUCACUCGACAGUCCACCUCAGCCCAGGGAUGUUUGUAGAACUAUUUGAAUUGCAGCCACCCCUUCCCCCAGGCUGAAGACCAGUUCUUUUUAAGUUGACUCAGAAGUGGCACUAUUUUAUCCCCAGAGUUGACUGUAACUUUAAGAGUUCAAAGCACAUCCCUGCACACACCUUCCAGGGUUCCCUCCGGAGCGGAGCGCAAGGCCCGGUCUCCUCGGGAGGGGCUGUGGGGCAGGUGGGCGGGCUCAUGCGGCGGCCCGUCUGUACUUCAGCGCCCUGCGCCCUGUUUCAGAUGCUGCUGUCAUGCCACCUUUCUCCAGCACUAACGGUCCUUCUGGUUUCCCCUCUGUUACUAGUGUCUUAAUUCACCUUCUUUCCUGAUUUCAUUAUUUACGUAUCAAAUUCUGUAAAUGUUUUGUAAACAUAUUACCUCACUCUUGGUAAUACAAUGCUGAUAGUCUUUAAAAGAUUUUUUUAUUAUUAUCAAUAA